AAGAGAGAGAGAGGGGCAGUUUUGUCCUCGCGACAAAGCCCUAAACCCCCUCGAUCCGACCCGGAAGAAGAGCUCCUCGUCCACGGUCGAACCACGAAGCUAAAUGGCAGCUCUCCCUCCAGCCCAACCCACCACCCUCGCGCCACCUCCCAGCGCCCCAGAACACCACCAGCAGCAGCCGCCGCCGCUCUCCAAGAACGCCCAGAAGAGGCUCCUGAAGCAGCAGCGGUUCGAGGCGAAGAAGGCCGAGAAGAAGGCGCAGCUGAAGGAGCACAAGAAGCGAGAAGCCGAGCGGCGGCGCGCGGAAUGGCAGGAGGCCCUCGACGGCGCGACCGAGGAGGAGCGCUCGAGGCUGAUCGAGUCGCGGAGGGAGCUCCGGCGGGAGCGGAUGGAGCAGCGGUCGGAGGAGCGCGGGCGGAAGCUCCGGCGGCUCGAGGGCGCGCGGGAGUGCGGGCAGAAGGUCGUGAUCGACCUCGAGUUCGCGCACCUCAUGUCGGCUAACGAGAUCAACAGCCUCUGCCAGCAGAUUAUGUACUGCUAUGCGGUGAACGGGAGAUGCACGUGUCCCUGUCACUUAUGGCUGACUGGAUGCGGCGGAGAAAUGGGGAGCCAGUUGCGGAGGAUACCGGGAUUCGAUAAGUGGAUCGUCGAGAAGGAAGACCGAUCUUAUGUCGAGGCAUUGCAGGAUCAGAAGGAGAAUCUGGUGUACCUGACGGCAGACUCGGAGAACGUGCUCGAUGUGCUCGAUGAGAAGAGGAUUUACAUCAUUGGUGGGUUGGUGGAUCGCAACAGGUGGAAAGGGUUGACCAUGAAGAAAGCAGAGGAGCAGGGGAUACAGACUGCGAAAUUGCCUAUUGGGAAUUACUUGAAGAUGUCGAGCUCUCAGGUCCUUACUGUGAACCAAGUCGUGGAGAUAAUCCUCAAGUUCUUGGAGACGAAGGAUUGGAAGGAAUCCUUCUUUCAUGUGAUUCCUCAGAGAAAACGAUGUGAAGCGGAUUCAGUUGAAUCUCAAGGCGCAGCUGAGGAGGAAGAAAAUGUAGAGGACAAUCAGUCUGAGAGUAACAAGGAGUGCGUCGAAGUUCCUCCUCUUAACUGACCUAUAGAUCGCGGUAACUCAUAUUUGUUUACUUUCCUUACAUCCCAUUCGAAUUGUGAAUUGGGAAGGCCAACAUCACAAGUUCAUUGAUGAUCAUCUGGCUUAGCAUUUUUGUAUUCUGUCGGUAUCCAAGGGAUCUGUUUCUGAUUUGAGGCUUUGAGGAGAUAUAACCUUUAGUUAUCAUCA